AAACACAGAUCAAAACCAGAAUCAGUAAUUGAUCCAUUAGUCUGAGUGGUUACGGUUCGGAUGGGGCGAACAUGAAGCUCAGCUGCUAGAGUUCGAACCGCUGUCUGUUGGGUCUUCCCGCCUGGUUCCGGAACCUUACCCGGCUCCGCCACAAUGAGUUCCAGGGUGUGCCGGACCUGUGGGGGGUCCGACAUCGAUGUGGACCAGGCCCGGGGCAGCGCAGUGUGCACGGGCUGCGGCUCGGUUCUGGAGGACAACAUCAUUGUGUCAGAGGUCCAGUUCGUGGAAGGAAGUGGAGGCGUGUCGUCUGCUGUGGGACAGUUUGUCUCUGCUGAUGGUCCAGUUAAAGCUCCACUCCUCGGUUCUGGUUUCCACACCGGCGUCGGAAAGGAGUCCAGAGCCCAGACGCUGCAGAACGGUAAGCGUCAGAUCCAGCAGCUGGGCAGCCAGCUGCAGCUCAACCAGCACUGCCUGGACACGGCCUUCAACUUCUUCAAGCUGGUCGUCAGCAAACACCUGACCAGAGGCCGGCGGACGGAGCACGUCAUCGCCGCCUGCCUCUACCUGGUGUGCCGCACCGAAGGCACGCCCCACAUGCUACUGGACCUGAGCGACCUGCUGCAGGUAAGAGCAACAUGGGAGCAGCCAGCUGCAGCGUCUCUGAGCUCUGGACCAAUCACAGAGCGUCUCUGUGUCCAGGUGAACGUCUACAUCCUGGGGAAGACCUUCCUGCUGUUGGCCCGGGAGCUGUGCAUCAACGCGCCCGCCAUCGACCCGUGCCUGUACAUCCCUCGCUUCGCUCACAUGCUGGAGUUUGGAGACAAGAACCACGAGGUUUCCAUGACGGCGCUCCGCCUGGUGCAGAGGAUGAAGAGGGACUGGAUGCACACGGGUCGUCGCCCGUCCGGGCUCUGUGGAGCAGCUCUCCUGGUAGCGGCUCGGAUGCACAAGUUUCGGCGCUCGGUGAAGGACGUGAUCGGCGUGGUGAAGGUGUGCCAGACCACUCUGAGGAAGAGGCUAACAGAGUUUGAGGACACGCCCACCAGUCAGCUGACCAUCGAUGAGUUCAUGCGGGUGGAUCUGGAGCAGGAAUGUGAUCCGCCGUCCUUCACUGCCGGCCAGCACAAAGUCAAGAUGCAGCAGCUGGAGCAGGAACUGGCCCGGAAGCUGGACGAGGUCGAAGGAGAAAUCAGCUGCUACAAGGAGGAGAUUGAGACGGAGCUGGAAAAGAGCCGGCCCAAACUCAGGGGGAUCUACGCCGCCUACGCCAAGGAAAUGGAUCCAGAGGAUGACGACGUCCUGUCCUCUCCGGUCGACCCGGAGGACAAGGAGGGGGACGACGCCGCCCUGCAGGCCGCCGCCCAGCGGCUGACGCAGGACUUCCUGCGUCGGGUGAUCCAGGAGGAGGAGGGGGGCGGGGCGCCACAGGAAGCGGAAACGGAGGGAGCCGGGCGACCCGCCCAGGGCGCCCCUUUGGCCUCCAUCCUGGGAAAUGCCAGCCUGGGCCUCCAGGAGAGCUUUCACACCUUCGAUCUGCCAGAACCGGACCAGAACCCAGACGAGGAUCCGUCUCCGAGCGGAGAGCUGGACCUGGAAGGAAUCGAUGAUCAGGAGAUCGAUAAGUACAUCCUGAACGAGAAGGAGGUGGAGGUGAAGACGGAGCUUUGGACCAAGCAGAACGCAGAUUACCUGAAGGAGCAGAAGGAGAAGGAAGAGAGGAUCUCCAAGGAGAAGGAGCAGGGCACCUACAAGGAGAAGAAGAAGAAAUACAAGAAGCGUGAGCAGAUCGAGGCGGCCACGGCGGGCGAGGCCAUCGAGAAGAUGCUAGAGAGGAAGAAGAUCUCCAGUAAGAUCAACUACGACGUCCUGAAAGACCUGAACCAACCGGCAGGAAGUCCAGCCUCCGAGCCCCCAGGGGGCGCCGCCAUCGUCUCACGCAAACGCCUGAGCCGCCGCCGCAGGAAGGCCAGCGACGCCAACGCAGAACUGUCCGCCAGCGCCACCGUAAUGACCAAGAGGUUCAGGCGCCUCAUUUCCUCCACACCUCGGAAAAAGAAAGCCGCUCCGCAGGUGGAAACAGCAGUUGUCAUGGAAACGGCAUCGGAGGCUGUACAUGAAGCUCCUCCUGCAGCUGUUCCAGACGCAGGCCCCGCCCCCACCGAAGCCCCGCCCCCGGGGGAAACGGAGGAAGAGGAAGAGGAGGCAGAGGAAGACUGCGUCAGCGCACUGCAGCUGGUCGGAGAUUACGGCUGUGAGGAAGAGGAAGUGUUCUAGCCCCGCCCACCCUGAACAAACUCCGUCCAGCCAAUCAGAGGCCAGCAGGUCAAUCAGUGAUGGAAGAACCAGAACUUAUCAGAACUUUUCCCUUUGAGGUGUCUUGGACCUACACGGAACCGGCAGAACCAGCAUGUGGCAGGAAGUGUGUGAGAGACAGGAAGUGUGUGUUGCUGUAUUUUGAUCAUGCAUGUGCAACCCGAACAGAAUCAUGACUCAGCAGAAACAUUCCAUAAUAAAUGGACUGAAAGUCCAGUCAGUUCUGGUUCUGCUCAGUUUCAUUCCUCCAGGACGGAUCGGA